CACAAACUGCCAACAUGUCUGAGGGAAAGAAAAUGACCUCCAGCCGCAGGCAUCAUCUGAAGAGCUUGAUGCUUCAGAUCGCUGCCAACUGGCUGGAGAACGAGAAGAAGGAAAUUGAGGAGGCAAAGGAGGCCUACAUGGCAGAGAACUGCCCUGCCCCUGACCUGAGUGGGGACCAGGCCGCCCUCAUGGAAAUCUGCAAGAAGCUGCACCAGGCCCUCGACAAGAUCGAUGAGACGAGGUACGACGCCGAGGCCAAGGUGGUGAAGACGGACAAAGAGAUUGAGGAGCUGAAACUCAAAGUGGUUGAGCUGGCCGGAGUGAAGAAGCCUGCUCUGAAGAAGGUCCGUAUGUCUGCUGACGCCAUGCUGCAGGCUCUGCUGGGCGGAAAACACAAGGUCACCAUGGACCUGAGGGCCAACCUGAAGCAAGUGAAGAAGGAGGUGAAAGAGGAGUCGCAAGAGGCCGUGGGCGACUGGCGUAAGAACAUCGAGGACAAGGCCGACAGGAAGAAGAUGUUCGAGACUUCCUAAAAACAUCCUGGAUCCUGGCUGGCAAGGACAACAGGGAAGACGUUUCCACCCGUCGAGGUCUGAGUGACUGAAUGUGUUUCUGUGUCCCAGUGGACACCA